UCAAUACCAUUUUUGCCCUUAUUCAAAUUCAAAUGCUUCUAAAUUCUCAUUUCAUCCGCGUCUUCCUUGUCAAUUCUCCUCGUCGGCUAUUGAGGAACAGCCAAUCGACGUUCGCGUGCUUACACCAGAAAUGUCUUCUCCAUGCCGGGUGAAUGCAUAUGUGUAUGCUAUGUUAGAGGAAAUUUUGCUUCAGCUAUUAUUGCAACUUCUAGUUGUGGUUGAUCACAUGAUCAAGAUUAGGUCCCGAAAGAGGAAACGGAAUUCAUUGGCUGAGCCAUAUAGCAUGAUAGCUCGUAUACCAGAACAAGUUAGGCAUAUGAAUAGGCUGGUAUAUGUCAAUAAUGUUGAUUGCAUUGUGAACCUUCGUAUGGAUAGAAACACAUUCGGUCGGUUAUGUCAAUUAUUAAGACAAUUGGGAGGGCUAAGUGACCGAAGGCACGUAAGUGUAGAAGAGCAGGUGGCCAUGUUUUUGUCAGUGUUAGCACAUCAUAAAAAAAACAGGAUAGUAAGAUUUGAUUUCAUGCGGUCUGGACAAACCAUAUCGAACUACGUCCAUAUUGUGUUAAAGGCCAUUUUGUCACUGCAUUUGCUGUUGUUUGUCAAACCGAAACCUGUUGAAGAAGACUGCGUUGACUCUAGGUGGAGAUGGUUUCAGGGUUGCUUAGGGGCAUUAGAUGGCACGUACAUUGACGUCAUGGUGCCCAAUAAAGAUAAACCAAGGUACAGGACACGAAAGGGCCAUAUAUCCACUAAUACCCUUGCCGUGUGCGAUCGAUAUUUGAAGUUUGUUUAUGUCUUGCCUGGGUGGGAGGGCUCGACGGCUGAUUCUAGGGUUUUGCGAGAUGCACUCAUUAGACCACAUGGAUUGAGGGUGCCAAAGGGAAAUUAUUACUUGUGUGAUAACGGCUACGCGAACUGUGAGGGUUUUUUGGCACCGUAUAAGGGUGUACGAUACCAUUUAAAGGAGUGGGGACCUAUGUGCGCACGACCACAAAACGCUCGGGAAUUGUUCAACCUUAGGCAUGCGAAAGCACGUAACAUAAUCGAGCGAGCAUUUGGAAUCAUGAGAAUGAGGUGGGGGAUUCUCCGGAGUACAUCAUACUACCCCGUGAAGACACAAAAUAGAAUAAUAAUGGCAUGCUUCAUUAUUAAUAACUUUAUCCGGAGCGAGAUGGCAGUGGAUCCUAUAGAACAGGAGUUUGACAAUCUAUUCCAAGACAAUGUUGUCCCUGAAACUGAGCACGAAGAGUACAUCGACGGGGUUGAGAGCUCGCCGGAAUGGACUGCGGCAAGGGAUGCAUUGGCCACUGCCAUGUGGCACCAAUAUAUUGCAAAUGUUGAUCAUAUGUAGAAUUAUGUAUUUUGUAUUUUAUAUGUUUAGUUGUUUUCGAAAUAACUUGGAAUUUGUCUGCCAACCGAAUUGAAUAUUGUGUAUUGCCUUCUUUUGUGUAAUUCCUAAGUAAUGUGAUGCCUUGUAUUA